AUGCCUGCAUUAUGCUCUACGUUGCCUGACUUUACAGUAAAAUUUACAAGGCUUUCUAAGGAGUCCAGCUUUGGCCUAGCGCGUCGUGUAAUUUUCGCUUCGUUACGAAUCCCCGAAAUCGCUUCAAAGCCCGACACAAGCCCAAUUACGCCCGGUACAGCGGAGAAGGCGGGCGGAGACAUCGCAGGAGAUCAAGUGGAGGAUCUGAACGUUGCUCAGCGUAUCGAGCAAAGGCUGUGGAAAUACAGCACUUCUAGAAAUUUUGUCAAGAGGUGGUUACUCGAGAUUACUAGCUGGUCGCUCAGCGCUGUAUGCAUGGCCGGCAUCGUUGCCGUGCUGAUUGUCUACCAAAACAAACGCAUACCACACUGGCCCCUUGGCUUAACGCUAAACGCCUACAUCUCUGUCUUGUCAAAGGUUGCGUCUGCUGCCCUCCUUGUGCCUGUAUCUGAAGCCCUUGGACAGCUGAAAUGGAGCUGGUUUCGGGGAGACAAUUUCAAAAAAUCAAAAAAAUUGUGGGAUUUCGAGAUCUUCGACAGUGCUUCUCGAGGGCCCUGGGGGUCUUUCCUCUUACUUCUGGGUACUAGGGGGAGAACACUGGCAGCACUUGGCGCGGCUGUGACCCUCUUCGCUAUCGCUCUGGACCCUUUCUUCCAACAAGUUGUCGAAUAUCCUGAGCAUUGGUGUUUACAACCAGGAACUGGCACUAUUCCUAGAGCGACAGGUUAUGAGCCAUAUGGAGUCGACAAAGAGUAUCGGUUGGGUCUAGAGAACCUAGAACUCGACCAAAAUAUGCUGGGAGCCGUGCACCAUUUCUUCUACAACAACGGAACUCUGCCUAUGAUAUUUGGUAAAGGAAUAAGAGCUGAAAUUCCGCUGUCAUGCCCCAAUAGCAAGUGUACAUGGCCAGAAUACGAAACGCUUGGUGUCUGCAGCGAGUGCAUAAAAGCCACCGAUCUUCUCGAGUUUAAAUGUGCUAAUACAACGCUUGACUGGGUCCAAGUUCCUGACGAAGAUCCUGAUAGCGGCGAGACAGCCUUUCCAAACGGAACCUCGUGCGGGUGGUAUCUCAAGGCAGCCAGUCCCCUUCUCAUGACUGGGUACGAUGUCGAUCGCGACACGGCUCACGCAGGAGAGAUACUGUUAAUGCGCGCUCAACCCCUCUACGACGUCUUCACUCGAGAGCCGCUGCCUGGAUAUCCUGCUAAACUCAACAACAGUCGCAACCCACUAACGCACGUCAUCAUUGUUGCUGGCGAGAGCUUGGAAAGUAUCCAACGAAACGCCACCCCUAUAGCCCACGAAUGCAUUCUUUCGUGCUAUACCGAAAAUAUCACCAGCAGCUUCGUCAAUGGCACGCUGGGGCCGUCACCAUGGGUGACAUAUCCGACCCCCAACAAGAUCAACGGACUGAGUGGCACCAAUUACUUCUACACCGAGAACAUCACGGUGAGGGGUGAAAGCGGAUUCGAGUACCACGUCGACAACUAUACCCACACUCUUACUCUGUCCCUAUUCGAUGACAUCUUUCCCUCAUCCUACACACUGGCUAAUAAGUACAUAACCAUCGGGCCUUUUACGCGAAAUGUGACCUACAAUCCCUUCAUGUUCGCCAACAUUUCGAUACACAUGGAUCUCAUGGCCACCGCCAUGACCAAUUUAAUGCGCUCAUUGCCAAGCAACAUAGACAUGAAGAUCGGUCCAGCGUUCGAGAAAGAGAGCUUCGUAGACGUGCGGUGGGCAUGGCUAUCACUUCCUCUUGCUCUGCUUGGCCUGACUUGUAUUUUCCUUGUUGCUACUAUUGUUCGGAGCUUGGUUGACAGCGAAAAUGUGGGUGUGUGGAAAACAUCGGCUAUCGCUGUGCUACUCUAUGGUCUGCCGGACGAGAUGCAGAAGAAGAUUACUGAGCCAAAGGAGAACGGACAUGGGCUGCGAGUGAAUGUGAAGCAAACGAAGGUUAGCUGGUUACCUAAAGGUGGAUGGAGCUUCUCAGGCAGCAGUCCUUCCCCAACUUUGAGGGGAGCGAGCCAUGAUAUACCGACCAAGGGACGGAUAUGA